CUAAAGUGCGCCAAUCUGCAGAGUCCGGGUGGGCAGGUCGCCGAUAGGUAGGCUAGCUUCGAUAUUCUUUACCUGUUUUUCGCCUUCUAUGGACUGGCGCCGAUUGCUAGAAGUCUGUGGUCGCUGCUGUUCUCUUUCGUCCAUCAUUCUUUUUACAACAAUCGCUUCUCCGAAGUAGUUGCUUCAAUCUUUCGUUGCUAGUUUUGUCCUCUUUAAAUUGGAUUACAUAUACGCACAUAUAGAAAAGGUAGAUGUACUCAUUCUAUAUGCCAAAUCCGAUCAUUGUCUCGCACAGGUAGUUGUCCGUCUGACUGACGGCUGCCUACCUCACAAUGACGCCUCUUUCCACCGCCUUCGCCGCGGCAAUGCUGCUCCUCGCAUCAUUCACCCAUACCGUUACGGCGAGCGCUCAUGGAAACUUGUCAUUGUUCGACGAUGCGGCUCUGCAUAAUCAGCCUAGCGAGGAUUACAACCCCGGCAUUGGACCGCGUUACUUCGUGGACGGGUUACCACCGGUCCCCGCGCUAUGGCCGCCGACCAAGGCGAAACGUCUAACUCCGCAAGGGUGCAAUGAGGACUUCCACCCCUGCCUAGAGGUUGGUUCAUCGGGGGCAGGGGUAUGUUGUAGAAAUGAUCAGUAUUGUUUCUUGGAUGACAAAUGGGAAGUCAAAUGCUGCGGCUUAGGAGUUAUGUGCAACUCGACCUGUCCUGAGACCUUGCUAUACUGUAAUUCAACACUUACCACUUCUACUACAAUCAAUUCGCUGGGUACAACAACAAUUGCCCAGGAGACGAGCCUGAUAUCGGGAUGCUGCGAUCGAGCUUGUAGUAGCUCCUCAUUCCUGUGUCAGGGGUGGUUUGGUGGACAAUGCUGCCCAUACGGAGCGAACUGCAUUUCUGGGGGAGCAUGCUCAUAUCCACCUACGUCGACUGUGGUAACGCGCGUGACUCCCGCGCCGUCGGGCUGCACCACAUCGCAAAUAGCUUGCGAGACGGGUGGCGGGUGCUGUAAUAUCGGUAGCACCUGCACUUCUUCGGUAUUACCCACGACCACCCUACAACAGUGUGGAGUAAAUCUAACAGUCGUCGAUACUGGUGGACUUUCCGAAGGUGCCAGAGUAGGAAUUGGGGUUGGCGUUGCCGUGGGUGCUGCCGUCAUCAUCGGCGCUGUGACGUGGUUCUGGAUCAAUCGCCGGCGGAAAGCGAAGUCGGCGCUCGGAGGCGACACGUUGUCGGGGUCCGACAACCAACGGAUGGAAAACCUCAGGGAGCCAUUUAUACCCUAUACCGGCACGAAUUCGGACAUUACGAGCCCAUCGAGUGGGAUGGGGAUGCGGCCUCGGCUACAUGAGACAGGAUUGACGUACGAAUACUACGGCCCCAAUGCAGUGCGCGGACCAUAUACCGACAGCAGCAUGUUUGUGGCCACGGAGCCUCGGUCAAGCCCCGGCUUUUCCGAUCGCGCAGCCACGGCUGCGAGUGGCCCCGAGCACCCGGAGGAUAUCGUACAGCCAGUCGAGAUCGAUACCCGAGCACGCAGGGAACCAGAGCAAAGGGGGGUUAUUGUUGAGAAGGAUGCUACCUCCAAUGAUAAAUCAGUCAAGGGAGACCAAGGGCCAUUUGAAUUGGUUGGAAGUCCAGGCCCUUCGCCGCCGCCGAUGAAUGAGAAGGAAGCAGAACAGCAGAGGAGUCGGGCGUUUUCACCUUUGCCCCCACCUCCACCGGAAGCUAAUGGGCAGGAAGGAAAAGAAGCGAAGAAAUAGAUAUCGACAUGUACCUUGUAA